AUGGCAUCCAGCGAAGCUGGGUACCCCAUGGCCGACACGCCUCACUCGGUUGCAACGCCUGCGACUCCGAGGGGCCACGGGUUUCCCUCCUCUCCAUCAGCAAGGCCGCAAGGACCGCCUUCAGAAAGCAAUCUCGACCCGAGCGAACGAGGAGAUGGAUUCAUGGACGAUGAGAGACCGGAGAGCUCGAGGCCAACUGAUGCAAGACACGUUCAGAAAGUUCGUGACAAGCUAGGAGACCUCGUGCAGCGUAACUUUGAAAAGUUCAUUGAGGAGUUUCAAGAUGACUCCCAGGCGGCAGCGACACCAUCUGCACAAGGAUCAAGUGCGAUACCUACAUUCAAGUACUAUGUCCAGCUCAUUCAUGUGAUGAGCAAUAAGAGCUUGUCAACGCUAUACGUUGAUUUCAGACAUCUGCAGACGUGGAACGAUGGCGCCCUAGCAGACGCUAUCUUCACAAACUAUUACAGAUGCCUGCCUUAUUUGACGUCAGGUCUACACAACAUGAUUGCGAAAUACGAGCCGAAGUACUUUCGUGAUCACCGCCAGCCUACAGCUUCAAGUCGGUUGGCUACAUCGGCCGCUAGUCAAUUCAGCUCGGAGGACGAUGUCGAUGCACCGCACAACAAGAACGAGAACCAGCAGACCGACAAACUGUUCGCAAUCGCCAUUUACAACGUGCCCCUCGUUACUCGAUUGAGGUCGCUGCGGUCAGGGAACAUCGGCCAACUACUGUCGAUCUGUGGAACUGUCACAAGGACAUCUGAAGUUCGUCCGGAACUGUCACUGGCAACAUUCGCAUGUGAAAACUGCCGAACAGUUGUGCCCAACGUCGAGCAAACCUUCCGCUACACUGAACCUACACAAUGCCCAAACGAAACGUGCAACAACCGAAUAGCCUGGGCUCUGGAUAUUCGCAGAAGCACUUUCAUCGACUGGCAGAAGGUUCGUGUUCAGGAGAACAGCGCCGAGAUCCCAACAGGAAGUAUGCCUCGGACAAUGGACAUUAUUCUCCGCGGAGAGAUGGUCGAUCGCGCCAAAGCAGGGGAAAAGUGCAUCUUCACUGGCACCCUCAUUGUCGUACCCGAUGUUAGUCAACUGGCACUCCCCGGGUCGAAACCCAUGUCUGUCCGCGACGAUAGAGGCCCUAAUGCACGCGGUGAUGACGCUGGCGGCAGUGGUGUCUCGGGACUGAAAGCCCUCGGUGUCCGCGACCUGACCUACCGCAUGGCGUUCCUCGCCAACAUGGUCACUCCAGACAUCACGGGCCAGUCUUCCGACAGCAGUGCUACGGACGUGGUCAACGCUCUGUUGACCGAGAACCAAGCAAUGGAGGGGGAUGACGAAGUGAAAAACGCACAGCAAGCGGUGACGGCCACCAUGAGUGAGGGCGAGAUCACGGAAAUGAGCAAAAUGGCCCACGACCCCGAAAUCUACCCCAAACUCGUCAAGUCCAUCGCGCCCAUGGUUUACGGUCACGAGUAUGUCAAGAAAGGUCUCCUGCUGCAGCUGGUGUCUGGUGUUCACAAACAGACACCAGAGGGUAUGCAACUUCGUGGCGACAUCAACGUGUGCAUCGUUGGCGACCCGUCCACCUCCAAAUCCCAGUUCCUGAAGUACGUCUGCUCAUUCGCCCCUCGCGCCGUGUACACCAGCGGCAAAGCUUCCUCGGCGGCUGGUCUUACUGCCGCUGUGGUCAAAGACGAAGAGACGGGGGAAUUCACCAUCGAAGCGGGAGCCCUGAUGUUGGCUGACAAUGGCAUCUGUGCCAUUGAUGAGUUCGACAAGAUGGACAUCGCCGACCAAGUCGCUAUCCACGAAGCUAUGGAACAGCAGACUAUUUCGAUCGCCAAGGCUGGUAUCCAAGCCACUCUCAACGCUCGCACAUCCAUUCUUGCGGCAGCCAACCCUGUUGGCGGACGGUACAACCGCAAGACUACUCUCCGUGCCAACAUCAACAUGUCUGCCCCCAUCAUGUCUCGAUUCGAUCUCUUCUUCGUCGUGCUUGACGAAUGCAACGAGCAGAUCGACCGCCAUCUUGCCGAACACAUUGUCAGCAUUCAUCAAUUGCGCGAUGAGGCUGUUGAGCCGAUUUUCAGCACCGAGCAACUGCAGAGAUACAUUCGCUAUGCUCGCACGUUCCGCCCCGUGUUCACGCCCGAGGCCCAGGAGCUUCUCGUAGAGAAGUACAAGGAGCUCCGUGCGGACGAUGUCCAGGGUGGCAUUGGAAAGAACUCUUAUCGCAUCACUGUGCGUCAGCUGGAGAGUAUGAUCCGUCUCUCCGAGGCCAUUGCCAAGGUCAACUGCGAACCGACAAUCAGCGAGGACAUGGUUGUUGAGGCAUAUACACUUCUGCGGUCAAGCAUCAUUUCCGUAGAAUACGACGACGUCGAAAUAGAUGAGGAGGAGGCGGAGACGCAAGAAGACGCCAGCACCCUGCUGCGCGCCGCGUCGCAAGCUCACGGCGAUACCGCCAUGGAAGAGGACCCAUCCACCGAGCAAAGGGAGAGAAGGAAACUCACCAUCACGUAUGAGAAGUACCUCAAAAUGCUCAAUGCCUUUGUUGGGAGGAUCAAAGACGACGAGUCUGACAGUGGUGAUGGUGUUGAGGGCAAUGAGCUGAUCUCAUGGUACCUGGAGAGUGUUGAAAGUGAGCUCGAUGGGCCAGAGGCCCACGACCACGAGCAGGCAUUGGCAAAGAUGGUGCUCAAGAAGAUGGUCAAGGAAAACAUUCUCAUGGCUCUGAGAGGUGAGGGCUUGCAAGAAGACGGUGUGGCCAGCAGCUCUACCGCCGUAGGCGACGUGAUCUACGUGAUACACCCGAACUGCGCAAUCGAAGAAGUAUAG